AGACAGCACGUGUAGGAUGAGGUGGGAAGUACGCUGCUGUGACUGGCGCCUUUGGGAAUCCCUGGCACUGGUGGCACGGCGCAUAUAGUGACCGGCGACAUAAGCACUUCAUUUCGCGGGGUAUAAGAGGAGUCACACCCCGAGCAGUGCCACACUUCACCCACUCUCGACAUGGAGCGACGGAGCCUGCUAGUUGUUCUCCUGGUCUGCAGCUGCGUGUUGGCCGCUACGGCAGAGGCCUCGCCCUUCUGGUCUGGCAUAAGGUCCCGCCCGCAAUACUGGCCGAGGCCGAGACCCAUGCCCAUGCCCAUGCCCAGGCCCAGGCCCUGGCCCAGGCCACGCCCGAGAUUCCCCAGCCCAGGCUGCAUCUGCGUCACUCAGCCCUGCCCCUGCGACAGCCAUGGUGGUAGUAGAGGAUAGCCGGAGGAACGCUAACGCCUCCUUAGCAUGUCGCUUCCUGAAGAAAGGACUGGCACCAGCAACAGCUGCACGGGACGCCCUCUGCUGCUUCAUGGCUCACUGGCUUCACUAAUUUUGCAAUAAAAUCUGAACAACUUA